UUAUUAUUACUAAGAAUGAGUAACAACGUAUUCAUUGCACCAAGUGUUGGAUACAGGAUUGAGGGUUCAGCUGAUCAGGAACCAAAGACAUUCGAUUGCUCUUCAAUACCAAAUGUAUUCGAGGGCGUCUUUGAUCUCUCUGAUAAUGAUUCGAGAUACUUCCGCGAAACAUUCCUAGAUAAAGAUCAUAGCAACUUCAUUGCAAAGGGUCUCCCAGAGAACCCUGUCUGUAUCUCAAUCAUAUUGGACACAGAUGGAAAGAACUAUAGUGGUCUCAUUAGAACCGCAACUGGUAACGAACGUGUCAAUGUUGCAGCAAGCAGUGUUAAGACAACUUGGUGGAGAAAUCUGUUCAAGUCAGGUCCAUCGCCAUUCGACAUUCUAAAGGCAAUGGCACCACAGUAUCAGAAGGGAAUGAAGCUCAUCACCGACACUUCAUUGCCACAGGCACUCUUGAACCUUGAGGAAAAGCAGGCAAUCAAAGGAUUCAAGUUUGGUAUACUAUAUUCAAUGGAUGGACAGAACAAGGAGGACGAGAUGUUUGCCAAUGUUCAAUGCAGCCCAGAGUUUGAUGAGUUUAUUGAUUUCCUUGGCGAUAGAGUACAGCUCAAUGGAUGGGGCAACUUCAGAGCAGGAUUAGAUGUUAGAUCUGGAACAACAGGAACACAUUCAAUCUAUCAAAGAUGGAAUAAUAAUGAGAUAAUGUUCCAUGUGUCAACAUUGCUGCCAUUCAAUGUGAAGGACAAGCAACAGUUGGAGAGAAAGCGACAUAUUGGUAACGACAUUGUGGUGAUUGUAUUCCAGGAUGGCGAUACUGUCUACAGACCCACAACAAUCAGUUCGCGUCAGGUACUUGUCGUGUUGGUGGUCAAGGCCGUCAAGAUUGACAAUGAGCGCUUCUACCGUCUGGCCAUCGUGUCGAGGGAUGCCGUGCCAGAGUUUGGACCGGCCAUGCCCGCCAAUGGUCUAUUCAAGAAGGAUCAAGCUUUCAAGGACUUUUUAUACGCCAAGUUGUUGAAUGCUGAGAGAGCUGCUUACUCUGCGCCAAUCCUUGAGAUGAAGCUGUCUCGUACAAGGAGAGCACUUCUUAAGGAUGUAUCAGAGUCAUUCUGU